GCGCGGUGUGUGUGCGGGCGGCAUGGCGGCGUCGGUGUGCGUUCCCGGGGGCUACAUCCGCACGGUGCUGGGCCCCGCGUUGCCCGACAGCUCCAGCCUGGCCCUGCCCUCCGACGCCGCCCUCCGGACGGCCGGAGCCGGGGGACAAGGGGGGCCCCACCCCCGGGACAAGACCCUCCGCGUCCAGGAGCAGGUCCGGCAGACCCUGGCCAGGAGAGCCCGCAACGCCACCGCAACCCACGGGAAUCUGCAUCGGACUAGCAGUGUCCCGGAGUACGUCUACAACCUGGAUUGGGUAGAAAAUGACUUUGCUGUGGGGAAUGCACCUGGAGCCAAGUAUAAUGACUUUCUAAAGGCAGGCCCGCCCGCCAACCGCCGGGGGAGAGGGGCCGCUCAGUACAGCACGUACAGGUCGACGGAAGAAAGGUCGGUAAGACAACCCCUGCGGAGACUCGAGCUGACCCCGGGGAGCAGCCCCGAGAAGGUCUACUACGCGCACAGCGAGUAUUACUCCAGCCAGAGGAACGCCACGGGAACGCUGCCGCGGCCCCAAGAUAACCGGAGGCCCCCCGUCCUCUUCCCUCCCCGCUAUGCCCGCUCGGAGAUCGUCGGCUUCAGGCCCCCGCAGCCGGCCCCCAGACGGGCCUGCUACGACCCUUUUUCCCGGUGCCGCGGGCCGGAGUUCGCCCUCGAUGGCUCGUUCGACGGCAUCCCCAGCAGCCCCCUUGGGCUCACCUACCCCGGGACCAGCCGGAGCCUGGGCAACCUGGUGGAGAAGGAGAACUACGGGACGUCGGCCUUCAGGACCCAGGGCCGCUUCCAGAUGGGCUUCCAGAGCCGCUCGUCGGCCAGGUCCACGUGGCACCAGAAUUCCAGCUACGGCACCCACACGCUCAGGGAAUUGCCUUCCGGGUUCGGCGUGGAGGCCGACGGGAGGAGGACGCACCUGACUGUGGGCCAGGCGGCCGCCGCCGCGGAAAUCGAAAGCAGAAUGAUCAACAGGGUGGUGGGAAACGAAUCCCAUCUCGGGAAUGUGGACGGGAGGAUGACUCUGGAGCUGGCUGUGAACAUGCUGGACCCCGAGAGCGUCGCGCCCGCCAAGAUUUGUGUCGCGGCCACCUUCAUCCAACACCAGUGCUUUCAGCAGGCGGAAGCCCGACACAAGGUUUCCGUACUCAGUGGGAUCCCCAGGCUGCUGCAGCUUCUAAAAGGGCCGAGCGAAGACGUCCAGCGGGCAGCGUGUGGGGCACUGAGAAACCUGGUGUUUGAAGACAACGACAACAAGUUGGAAGUAGCGGAACUAAAUGGGAUCCCCCGGCUGCUCCUGGUCCUGAAGCAAACCAGAGACCUGGAAACCAAAAAGCAAAUCACGGGUUUGCUGUGGAAUCUGUCCUCCAACGACAACCUGAAGAACAAUAUGAUUUCAGAGGCUCUGCAGACUCUAACAGACAACAUGAUCAUCCCUUUCUCGGGCUGGCCUGAAGGAGACUACCCUAAAGCUAGUGGUGUUCUUGACUACGAUAUCUUCUACAACGCCACAGGAUGUCUAAGAAACAUGAGCUCCGCUGGCCCCGAGGGAAGAAAAGAGAUGAGACGGUGCGAUGGGCUGAUUGAUUCUUUGGUGCAUUACGUCCGGGGAACCAUCGCCGACUACCAGCCGGAUGACAAGGCCACAGAGAAUUGUGUUUGCAUUCUCCACAACUUGUCCUACCAGCUGGAAACCGAGCUUCCAGAGAAAUAUUCCCAAUACACCUACAUGCGGAACCGGGAUAUCCAGCCGGACAACGACAAGAACGUCGGUUGCUUCGGAAGUCGCAGUAGGAAAGUGAAAGAGCAGUACCAGGAUAUCCCCCUGCCCGACGAGAAGAGCAAUCCUAAAGGCGUGGAAUGGUUGUGGCACUCCAUUGUGCUAAGGAUGUAUCUCUCCUUAAUCGCCAAAAGUUCAAGAAACUACACACAGGAAGCGUCUCUGGGAGCCCUGCAGAACCUCACGGCGGGAAGUGGCCCGAUGCCCUCUGCCGUGGCCCAGACUAUCGUCCAGAAGGAAAACGGCCUUCAACAUGCCCGGAAGAUGCUGCACGUGAGCGAUCUGACCGUGAAGAAGACGGCCGUCUCGUUGCUGAGGAAUUUGUCCCGUCACCCGACUUUGCAGAAUGCGAUCGCCAAAGAAACCUUACCGGAUUUGGUCUCCAUCAUCCCUGGCACUGUUUCCGAUUCUGAUCUGCUCCGAGAGAUCACAGCUUCUGCCUGUUACACGCUGAACAAUCUGACGCAAAAUAGUCUCCAAAACGCCCGAGACCUCCUGCACACUGGAGGCCUCCCCAAGAUUUUAAACAUCAGCAUGGGUGACAGCUAUUCCCCCAACAGAGCCAGUAAAGCUGCCUCGCUGCUCCUGUAUUCUCUCUGGUCACACACCGAUCUUCACGGCGCCUACAAGAAGGCUCAAUUUAAGAAGACGGAUUUCAUCAACAGCCGAACGUCCAAAGCCUACCACUCCCUCAAAGACUGAGGAAGAUGAAACGCGAUAUUCAAGGAAACCCCUGCCUGAUUUCCGUCUCGUAUGACAUCUUUGAUGCCUUCUGUCGAUCGCAAAAAUGACCCCAGAGAAAAGAGAGGCCAGUUUCUAAUGCAGCCUAGAUCACUGGAAAACCAUCCCUUUCCCUUUCCACAACUGGACCACUCCCCCAAGAAGAAAACAACCAGAAAACAGAAUAUUGGGAAGCUCGCCUCUUCACGGCAAUAGAUCCCGGUGCGAACGUAGAACGGCAUCACAACGGCAUUCCCCCCGUUUGUUACUAAAACUCCACCGAAGAGGAAUUCCUGGACAUUUUCCCCUGGAAAAGGGAGCAGAGAUGGGGUAUCAUAAACACGGUCACCGGGGAAACAAAGAAAGGAAAUUUCUCGGGAUGAAUUUUUCCACGUCUGCAUCACCAGUUUGAAUUCCUCUUCCGUUUCCCACCUCCUGCCUCCUCCCUGCAUGGUUCGAUGCUAUUAUAGAAAAGGUACCUUGCUCGUCCUAGAUGGUGUCACAGGGUGAGCGUGGAAAUCGCAAAAAAUAAAAAUAAAUAAAAUCUUGGCCGGCAACCAGGGGAGGAAGAAACUUGCAAAAAAAGAGCCUUACCUUAGACAUAGUGUAUGAGAUCAUGUAAUUAAAGAGACGGUCAUGGUUGUGAAUGGGAUAGGAUAGAUUCCACAAUGAAAAAAAGGAGGAUGGAAAAUUUCUAAAUCGCCGGAGGCAGAGGAAGGCAAACGUGAUGACAAGAUUUGAUGUUUCUACGAGUCAGUUGGACAGACGGGGUUGUCUCUUUUAGACGUUUGGUUUAAUUAUCAAUUAAUGGUACACAGGGACUUAUUCAGCCCUUGUUUAUGAAAAUUUUAAUGCAGUGAUGUCUGGUAGUCUAUGCAGAUGACUAUCUACGAGCUAUCCUUUGUGCCAACCCAGUAGGAAGGGUAAAAGCCGAUUCUCCCUAGGAGAGGUUGGGCGGGGGUGUAGAGAUCAGGGAAAUCAGUCAAUCAAUCAGCAUUAUUUAUUGAGCGUUUACUGGGUGUAGAUCACUGUACUAAGUGCUUGGGGGAGUACAGUGCAACAGAAUUAGCGGACGUGGUCCUGGCCCACCUUGACUCAAAAGAAGGACUAGGGUAGUUUCUAGGAAGGCUUAGCUGUUGCUUACUUAGUUGCCGCCUCGUUGGGCACUAGCCCAAUUUUGCCCAACCCUGCCAAGGCCAGCCUGCAACAUCAUCCUCGGGUUUCGAAAGUAAAGGGAAGCCAGGGGAUGUGAAGAUAGCGAUCGAAACAGAAACAAGCGGAGAAGUGGCGAAAUGGCGAACUUUGGGUUUUGGUGUUUCGCGUAACGAAAUGUCAGAUCUCCGCUUUGAAAAAAGAUGUUAAUGCCGGGCGGGCCUGCUACAAAUGUCACUCAUACAAAAGAGUAAAUCUGAGUGGGUACACUAACUCUAAUUAAGGCUAGCCUAUUCUGAUCUUUUUUAUCUCCUGCAUAAAAAUAUCAGCUUCUAGGCUGGUGUCCUAGAGGUCUGUAUUGUAUUUUUGGUACAGUCGGAGUUCAGGCAUAAAGUUGGCGGAGAACAGGUCGGCUGCUCUUGAUCUAGUACAAGAUGAAAGAGGAAAACCGCCUGCUUCCUUCAUCAGAAGCCGUUCCCCUCUACUUGUCGGCGGUUCAGGGCGACUUGGUGAACUAACUACCCUAGCGCUUGACACAUAGUAAGCGCUUAACAACUACCAUAAUAAUAAUGUUGAACUAAAAUUAUUUAAUUCUCCUAAGUGCUUUUACCGGAUAACAUUCAAAAAAAAUCUCCCAGUUGGGAAAUGUAUACCACCAAAUAGAAUGUAUGUGUGUUAAAAGAGUUGAGAGCUUUGAACUAAAUUUAUUAAAUUCUUAUGCCAGAUAAAAUGAUUAAACUCUUGUAAGUGCUUAUACCAGAUAACAGUCGAAAAAAAUCUCCCAGCUGGGAAAUGUACACCGCUAAAUGCAAUGUACGGGUAUAAAAGGGUCUGGAGUUUGGGGUUUGUGCCCCAUAAUUUCCGCAGAUGAUUGGUGCUUCGCUUUUGCCUUUCUUUUCUUUUGAAUUUCCCUUCUUGGAGUUGUAAUGGUCUGACCGACAGCCAAGGACACCGUGAAAUGGCUCUCGUUAAUGUUUGGUUGCCUGCACUGCAAACAUGUACUUUGGCUCACUA